GGCGCCGGAAGCUUCUCUCCGCGAAGAAACAAACAUAAACACAAGCUUAUGUGCAUUCUGAAGACAGAUUGACAUUAUAAUUACAGUUAUUAAUAGUUUAUUCCAUCAGUGCGACAGAAAGUAAAGUGUUAAAAUGUCGUCAGGAUGCGCACUGAUCUUCGAUGAGGAGAUGAGCCGUUAUAAACUCCUCUGGAAAGAUCCAACUUGUGAAAUUGAGGUGCCUGAGCGGUUGACCGUGUCUUAUGAAGCGCUCAGGACGUCCGGCGCGGUGCAGAGGUGCACACAGGUGCCAGUCCGCCAGGCCACCGAGCAGGAGAUUUUACUUGCACACAGUGAGGAAUAUCUGGAGGUCAUGAAACAAACUCCAAAAAUGACUGAGGAACAGCUGAUGGAGUUUUCAAAGAAGUACAACGACGUCUAUUUCCACCAAAACAUCUAUCAUUGUGCUCAGUUAGCCGUGGGGGCCACAUUGCAGCUGGUGGACAGCGUCAUGAAGAGAGAAGUUAGAAACGGCAUGGCGCUGGUUAGGCCUCCCGGACACCACAGUCAGCGUUCUGCUGCAAACGGUUUCUGCGUGUUCAAUAACGUGGCCAUUGCAGCACUUUAUGCUCAGAAAAACUACAGCGUAAACAGGAUUUUGAUUGUGGACUGGGAUAUCCACCAUGGACAGGGUGUCCAGUACUGCUUUGAGGAAGACCCAAGUGUGCUUUAUUUUUCUUGGCAUCGAUAUGAGCAUCAGACCUUUUGGCCCAAUCUCCCAGAGUCAGACUACACCAGUAUCGGGAAAGGCAAAGGAUCCGGCUUCAACAUUAACCUCCCCUGGAACAAGGUGGGGAUGACGAACAGUGACUACCUCUCUGCCUUCUUCCACGUUCUUUUGCCUGUCGCAUACGAGUUUAAUCCAGAGCUGGUUCUGGUGUGUGCCGGUUUUGAUUCAGCCAUCGGUGACCCAGAGGGUGAAAUGUGUGCCACCCCUGAGAUCUUUGCCCACCUCACCCAACUCCUGAUGCCUCUGGCUGCUGGCAAAAUGUGUGUCGUCCUUGAGGGAGGGUACAACCUCAAAUCUUUGGCCCAAUCGGUUUGCCAGACCGUCCAGACCCUUCUUGGAGAUCCGGCCCCUCGUCUGUCAGAACUCAGUGCCCCUUGUGAUAGUGCACUGGAUUCUAUUGCGAAUGUUCGUACAGCUCAUUCACCGUACUGGAGCUGUUUUAAACACUUAGGCACUAAUUCAGACACGAGCAUUAAACAUCGCAAACUGGAAGAGAAGAACGGCGGAACGAAAGAUGCAAAACCUUCACCGGAGACUCAAACCAAGAAGAAGAUGGAGGAUAUUGUGUGGCCUGAACCCUUACCAAGAUCAUCACCUGCUCUGCGCACAGUUGUAGCUCCCCCUUCUGGUGUGGAGGUCGCACUGCCAGAGGGCUGCAAGAGUUUGGGGGAAAUCUCCAAAAGUGCUCCUGAAGUAGCACAAAAGAUCAGAGAUAAGCUUUGCCAAGACGUAGUGGACCAAAAGAUGCUCCAGCCCCUUGGAAAUAUAAUUUCAGUUCUUGACCAAAUGAAGAAUAAAGAGGUGUGUAAUGGCUGCGUUCUGGUGCCCGACUUGAAUGUGUCCGUACAAUGUUCUGUUGAACAUGCACUCACCAGCCUUACUAAACGGGUGCUGAUUGUUUUUAUUGGAGAUGGAAAAUUGCCAGUCAACACCAGUGAUGGGACGGCAUUACUCGUGCAAAUAUGCAGUGAAGAAGCGGAAGAAGAGAAGUCUAUCAACCACGUGCCAUUGUGUCUAAGAAAAGGGGAAAGUUUCACAGAAGGUUUCAUGCAGGCAGUGUUGGGUCUGCUUCUGCCCCUGGCUUAUGAGUUUAACCCGUACCUGGUGCUGGGGGUUGUUGAGGAGGGCAAAUGGAAAACUCUUUUGCCACCAGUCUGGGGUCACCUGAUCAGUCUGCUUCAAGGCCUGGCACAGGGGCGAACGCUUGCCUUACUGCAGGGGUAUGACAAAGAUCUGGUGGAGGUUACAGCCGCUGCCCUCUCUGGGGCCCCUGCCCCUGCUCUUGGUGCCCUGGGGCCCCCCAAACCUGAAGAUUUUCAGGCGAUGGAAAAGCAAAGACAAAGGCUGCAGAAACGGUGGAGUCUACUCCGAUGCACAGUUUCAGAAAGCUGAUGGAAACUCCUGGGAUGUCCUCUCUCCUCACUCCUUAUGUCGAGCUAUGAGAAAAUCAUCAAUUCUUACAAUUCUUUCGUAAUUUUAUACUUUUCUAUGAUAUUAAAACAAAUCUGCAUUUGGCAGUGGAUGGUUAUUUUCUGA